AUGUUGGUGGCUAGUGGUGAACUAGAGACAGUGAAGUCCCAUAUUCGUAGUAAGCUUAUCUUGGAGAUGAAAAAAAGCUGGUCUGCAGUUGGUGCCGGUAGAGAUGGAAAGCAACAUGUGGAUUACUAUUCAAAGCUCGCGAGUAAACUAAUUGUUAGCCAUCUGAUUUUUCGUCACUGCGAUUACACUUUGAGCGUGUUUGUUCCUGAAAGUGGUCUCUCACAAAACGAGGUGUAUUGCCUGGAUCACGAUGGAAGAACAAAACUACACAAACCGGAUGAAUUGUUAUCAGAAAUGAAGAGUUUACAGAACCAGAAAAUCAAAAGCAUGAUGAGUGCAGAACAUUCACCGUUGGAGGUGUUAUUGCGGUAUUGCGAAGAACAGUUCACAUGGCCUCAGAUGUGUACCGGGAUACAGACCGACCGGGAAACGCAUGUCGAGUCUUUUGAUUACAAAUUGCAAAAUAUUGAUAAAACUUAUGAUCAUCUUCGCUAUUUGGAUCUCCAGUCAACAAAAGAAACAUUUGAACAACGUUUGGACUCCAUGCGCCGAGAAAUGGAGGCUCAAUAUACAGAGAAACUAAACCUGAAGCUGGACCAUUACCGAAAUUCUCAACUGGCAGAGGUGGAAAGCAGGAUGAAGGACCAAUAUCAGCUGUUGUUGCAAAACGCACAGAAAAAGCUAGAAGAGGAAUACGAGAAACGUUUGACCAGCCUGUCAGAAGAGCAAAAAGAGAUGAAAAACAAGGCCGAACUAGCGCGACAGGCUGAGGAGCGGGAAGCUUUUCUGCGCCGCCAAAAUAUGCAAAAGGAAGUAGACAUUCUGCGAACUCGAUUGAUGGAACUAAAGGAUGAAAAGGAACUAUUAGCUAGGUAA